UGAAUUUGCAUGCAUGGAAUCCAUGAACGACGGCCGACGUGGUAUUGAUACUACUAGUGUGGCGGCCUCUACCCUUCAAAAGCCAGAGGCAUUUGACGUCUGUAGCGACGGCGGCGGCAGCCCUCAUCUCCGAGACAGCGUUGCGUCGAUUUUGUCACGAUGGAACGGCCUCCAAAUGGCGGUGCAGAACCAAUGGGGCGGACAUGAUUCCCUCAACAAAUCCCACCAACUUGCCGAUGAUAUCUCCUCCUGGUUCUCUCAAUCCAAAGCGCCUCUUUACGUGGAAGAUGUAGAAAAUCUGCUCCAUGAGAACAUGCUUCUCUCUUUCAACACAGACAUCGAAGAUGGCAGCGUUGAAGAGGUGGCAGAACAGUUGAUGGAUUUGCACGAAGAAUAUUUGCAUGGAAGUCAAGUAACAAUGUGA